AUGGCUACCCCCAGUGUCCUAGCUUUUGACGCUGAGGGUAGGGCCAUUGACUUCGAGGUCUGGGUAGAUGACCUACAGCUGUUCUUACAGUGCGAUAGGGCAGACGGUCUCUCUCUCUUUGACCUCACCUCUGGCGCGUCCCCUGCCCCUGCUGGAGAUGCUGACGCCACUGUUCGUUCCCAGUGGGACACGCGCGACGCUGCUGCACGUCUUGCUGUGCGUCGCCACCUCCCUACCUCCGAGCGUGCGCACUUUAGUCAGUACAAGAGUGCUCAGACCUUGUACGACGCUGUAGUUGCACGCUACUCCUCCCCUGCCACUGCUGCACUGAGCCUCACCCGCCUCCCUGACUCCCUUAGAGUAGUCAGGGACCAUUUCCUAGCUGUGUGCCCCACCACCCUCACCAUUGACCUCCUCGAGAAGUCCCUCCUAGCGGCGGAGAAGAGCAUAGUCGCUGUAGGAGCUUCUCGUGGUGACCCUCGUGCCCCUGUCUUUGAGGGGUGUUCUCCCUCCCCCCUCUUGCCCUCUGUCGCUUCUGCUGCUGCUGCCGACCUCGUUGGUUUCGAUUCGGUCGGCGCUGCGUCUGCCCCUUCGGGGAAGCGCCGCGCAGGCAGGGGCAAGGGGGGCAAGGGCGCUGGAGGAGCUGGCGGGGGCGGUGGAGGUGGCGGUGGGGGCGGCGGAGGGAGUGGGGGUGGUGGAGGGAGUGGUGGAGGAGGUGGGGGUACCGGUGGCGCCAGUGGGGGUGGAGGCGGCGGCGGUGGCGGAGGGAGCGGAGGCGGCGGCGGUAGCGGAGGCGGCGGUGGUGGUGGAGGCGGCGGUGGUGGCGGAGGCGGCGGAGGCGGCGGAGGAGGCGGAGGAGCUGGUCGCGGAUCUACGCAGAGGAGUGGCUCCGGUGGUGGUUCGCGCCAGCAGCAGCAGCAGCGUGGUCGUGAGACCCUGUCCCCUGAGCAGCUCCGUGAGUGGUACACUGCACGCCAGCGGGGUGGGAGUUUUGGUCUGUGCACCUACGUCCUGCGCACCGGCGACCGUGCGGGUGAGCAGUGUGGGGGUACACACCCCACCCAGUGCUGCUUUGGCCGCCUGACGGAUGCGUGGCGUCACCAGUUCCCUGAGGCCACAGAGAUCCCUCGCUGGGGCGAGCUGUCUAGGGCGGGAGUAGCCAUCUAUGUUCUUGAUUUUGAUGCUAUCUUGUCUGCCAUGUACUCUAUUACUAUUAGUGAUGAGGGUGAUUGUUACCGGUGCUUCUCGCCCGAUCCGGGCAUUGAGACUGCUGCUCUAGGUAGUGGGACGACUGCUGCCCUAGGUGCUUGCGACGCAGCUGCUUUAGGUGCUAGUGCGUCUGCGUCCUCAGGUACUGGUGAGUCUGCGCUCUCAGGUACUACGUAG